AUGCAGCAAGUCAAUACAUCAUCCAAGCCAGCAGGUAGAUCUAGUCAUAGUUCCUCUCCCUCCUACCCCGCGAAGAAACCACGUCUCGUAUCGACUGUACAGGAGUCCUCACAAGAAGCUCAAGAAAUAUCACGGAUUAAGCAUAAGCUGCUAGAGAAGACCGACUGGGCAUCGGUUGCAGCAGCACGGCCACUCACGGUGCUAUUCCCUCCCGUAGAAGCUUUACAGAAAUUUGGGAGGCGGAGAAAAAUAACGAAUGAUGACCGUGAGAGGCUGGGGUCUUCUGUCCUGCGUCCACAGCUUACUUACCGCCCCAAGCAUCGCAGAAGUGCAGAGUCAGAGGAGAGCAUACAAGACCUGGACAUAAGAAGAAAUGGCCAACCUGUUGGAGCUAACUACCCGGGUCUUCAUGGCCCACCAACUGAUGCUACAUCGCAGUCAAUGCUUCUGGACCAUGAGUCCCCUCCCACAACGCCAAAGCCACUUGUGCAUGAGUAUGUCUGUGAGAACGUCGGCGUUAGGAGCUCAGUCGGUGACAGGUCUUGGAUUCUAGACUCUUCCAGUAUCUCACUUAUAUCUCUGUCGUCCUCUGAUAGAGGAUUGUCCACCCGGGGAAAUUCCAUAGUCCGGGACUCGGAUUAUUUUGGUAACAAUUCUACUGGCAAGGAGCAGCUCCAGGUUACAGGUUCAGAACCUCUACAGUCAGCAGACACUAGCCCAAAGGUUCAAGAAGCAGGGACUCCGAUCAGGCGACGAUUCACGAUAGAUGACCAGAUUCUUGCCGAAGAGGAAUGGAUGAAGGCCGCCUAUGGCACAUCCCUGGAAAGAGACGGUUACUCAACCGCCCAUCAAUUUUCUCAGAGCCUUUUGAACCCUGAAUCAUAUUCACCAACUGCAAACGACAGUAGACAGCAGAUAUCUGCGCAAGAUUCCAUGAGCACUUCAUCUACAAUGAAUCACUCCAGUUAUGGCUGGCUCCCAGAGCCUCGCCACAACAUACAACGAGUUAUAUUAGAAAGGACAGACAAGGGACAGAUUAAUAAGGUGCCCAGUGAAUCUAGAUUACGCAGUACAAGGCUCGCUCCUCUAUCAAGAAAACCGACCACAUCCCCUCUGAUAAUCUUUGGCCAGUCUGUCGAACUCGAUGGUGCUUUAUUCGCUAAGCAAGUUGAGCACGGAAAACAGCAGGCUCAACACGACUUCACAUGUUCUCCUACCAGAUUUCGUGAAGCUAACAGUUAUAUAUCAACGGAUAACUAUCCGUUCAAGGAGACAAAUCUCCGUCGACCAGAUGACUUUGCAUUUUCACCGAAUAGUAUGGUCAAACUCAGCAAGCCUACCGUAGCGCCAAGGGCCGCGAGAAUAUACGUUGAUCAAGCAUGCGCUAUCCCUCUUCAAGUUUUAAGAACAGCAGGACCAGAACGGGUGUUUCCUUGGAGGCACCCAGAGGAUCGGCCCGCCCAAGAAUGGACCAAUCGACGUAGUUUAUACAACUAG